GUUUUUCCUCCUUUCAGGCUUGCGAGGAGGGCUCCUGGCCACGACCUCGUAAUCCUCUCAGGUGUCGAUCAGCUGAUCUCCAUGCCACCAUCCAUCUACUCCCCCGUUCUCCGUGUUGUUCCUUUGUGUGGGUCUAACAAUUGGAUUGUCCUCGGAAUUGGGUUACGGCGGCGACCCUGUGUCAUAAGCACUGAGUGGACUGACAGCAAUUUGCGACUGAUUGUGGCGGAAUUUUGUUUUUAGCUACUGGAUGAUCGCUGCUGGUGCUCUGGAUGAUUUGCGUUUGCGACGCUGUUUAAGGCGUUGGAGCUGGUAGAAUGGCAUCAAUUACGCCUCUGCAUCCUCAAGCUCUUUCAAGUCCACAGGCGUGUCCUCCCACCUCAUCUCUAAUCCCGGUCACUAGCUUUUACUUCUCAACUUUUCAUGCAAGCUCGAGUCAUGUAUCACAAUCCCUACGUCUGAACCAAGGGACUAGUGGUCAGAGCGAGAGUGUAUCUGGUCGAUUGCAAGGGUUUGGAAGAGGCUUCAUUGCGUUGGCUGAUCCUGAGAGGGCAGCGUGUAAGCCAAGUUCCAGCAAUCAGCGUAAUCGCUUCGUCGUAAGGGCCAGCGAUUCUGGUGUUGUAAGGGCUGUGGCAGCCCCAGUGGAAGAGGAUGUGCAAGUGACAUCGUUAGAUUCUAAUCUGAACCGAGGCAAUGAGCACGGGGAGGAUGAAGAGAGAGUGGGGGUGCUGCUUCUGAAUCUUGGUGGACCAGACACCCUUGAGGAUGUGCAACCUUUUCUGUACAACCUUUUUGCUGACCCGGACAUCAUCCGGCUGCCCCGUUUGUUUAAGUUCUUGCAAAGACCACUUGCUCAGUUUAUUUCCACGUCACGAGCUCCAAAAAGUGCUGAAGGAUAUGCCGCCAUAGGAGGAGGAUCUCCUUUGCGGCAAAUUACUAACGAGCAGGCUGAAGCUCUUAAGGAAGCAUUGGAGAGCAAGAACCUGCCGGCUAAAGUUUACGUAGGAAUGAGAUACUGGCACCCUUUCACCGAAGAAGCUAUCGCUCAGAUCAAAGAGGAUGGAAUUACUCGUCUGGUGGUCCUACCCUUAUAUCCUCAAUUUUCAAUAUCAACUAGUGGCUCUAGCCUUCGUCUUCUAGAGAGUCUUUUCAGAGAGGAUGAAUAUCUUGUUAACAUGCAGCACACAGUGAUUCCAUCAUGGUAUAAUCGCAAUGGAUAUGUGCAGUCAAUGGCAACGCUUAUAGAGAAGGAAUUAACGAAGUUCUCGAAUCCCGAUGAGGUCCACAUUUUUUUCAGUGCCCAUGGUGUACCAGUAGCCUACGUGGAAGAAGCUGGAGACCCGUACAAGGCUGAAAUGGAGGAAUGCGUAGAACUAAUUAUGGCUGCAGUGAAGGCUCGGGGCAUCCGCUGCCCCCACACCCUUGCUUACCAGAGUCGCGUAGGCCCGGUUGAAUGGCUCAAACCAUACACAGAUGACACAAUCAAACAGCUUGGAAAGAGUGGGGUGAAGAGUCUCUUGGCCGUGCCUGUCAGUUUUGUUAGUGAACACAUUGAGACACUGGAGGAGAUCGACAUGGAAUAUAGAGAGUUGGCCUUGAAAUCUGGUAUCAGGAACUGGGGUCGUGUACCUGCUCUGGGUUGUGAACCCGGUUUUAUUGAUGACUUAGCAGAUGCAAUUCUUGAAGCCUUGCCUUACGUAGGUGCAAUGGCUGUCUCAAAUCUUGAAGCCCGUCAGUCACUUGUACCAUUAGGGAGUGUGGAGCAGUUGCUAGCAACUUACGACACGCUGCGUCGCGAGCUACCACCACCAGUGGCAAUGUGGGAGUGGGGAUGGACAAAGAGUGCAGAGACCUGGAACGGGCGUGCUGCAAUGCUGGCAGUUUUGACUCUACUUGUUCUGGAAGUCACCACUGGGCAAGGUGUUCUUCACCAAUGGGGUAUACUACCUCUUUUUCACUAAACUUUGUAGAAAUAGUGAAGCGGACAUCUUAAAAGUCAAUACACGUCCAGGAAUCGAGGUUGAAGAGGUGUGGACUUUCUCAAGUCCCAAAAGACUGGCAAUCAACAAUUGCUCAGUGCGAAGACCUGGUACUAUCCAUAAUCACGACUUGUAUACCCGCUUAUUCUUGCAUCUUACUCAACACUUGUUCUAGAAACAUGCAAAUGCUGGGAUGUUUGGUGAAAGGCUGCUAUACAUAACUCAAGAAGCAAAGAUCUUCUUAUGUUCUUGCUAUAGUAAUCGUUCCUCUUAUCUGAUGCAACUUGCUUCCUAUGGCCUCAUUCGGUCUGCCUCUCCAAGUCCACCAAUACAUAUUAGUAUGGGGGUACCAAUUGGCAAUCUUGUUCUCUGCAUCUACUGCUGUUGGAGUUGACUGGCAGAGCUUCCGAUGUUUCACCCAGGGACGUGUAACGAACUAGGUUGUAUGUAGGGCUUAGCCAAACAAUCUUCUUGACAAUCUACUAACAAAUCUGUAGUUAGUCUUACACUAAGAUCCAAGUCAUAGCAGCGAUUUUAGAAGGUGGACAGGGAACUGUUUUUAAACAGGAUUUUAUGUAUCCAGUUGGGUGGACUGAACGCCAAUCUUGUGCAGGAUUCUUGUUAUAUUCUUUUGGCCAUCAGAGAACCACUAUUGAAGAUAAUGUAUUUGAUGUUGCCAUGCAAUAUGAACUACUCUGGGGGAAGAGUGUGCUCAGUUCCAGUUUGAUUGCUUUCAA